GGCUCGGAAACACUUGGUGGUGAAAGUUUACUGCUCUUGUUUCUGUCACUGCACAUUCUUUAUUAUUUAUCCUACCUAGAUAUUUUUGAACAAACAACAAUGAAGCGAACAAGAAGCUCAAAAAGUAAAACUCAGAGCGCACAAGAAACCGAAGAGGUCCAGUCCAAAACAGUGUGGCAGUGGAUAGGAGAUAAAGGACAGUGGGAACCAUACUCGGCCUCCGCCUGUGCCUUGUUGGACGCAGCCGUCUCUUCAGGAGAAACCUCUCUCACUCUGUCUGUGGGCUCUGGGACAUCCUACGAAGUCGACCUGAAAAAGAUGGUCCAGAUUAAUCCUGUCACCAAGUACAAGAGGAAGAUUCGCUCUCAGACAGUAAAACCAGAGAGUUUGAAUGACGCGAAUGACUUGACUCCUCAAAACGGGACGCCAGUCCAAGUUAAAGAAGAAGAGGAGGAGAUGGAAAAACAACCUGCAGCCAAGAAAAAGAGAGGGCAGAGCAAGAGUCAGACAAAAACUGAAGAAAUACCCAAAGAAGAAACAAAAAGUGAAGAGGUUGUGAGGAUGGUGGUCAUGAAGGGAAAAGCUCCAGUGGACAUAGAAUGUAAAGCCAAACUGGGAAAGGCUCAUGUUUACAAUGAAGGAAGUGACGUUUACGACGUGAUGCUAAAUCAGACAAAUCUUCAGUUUAACAACAACAAAUACUACCUGAUCCAGCUGCUGGAAGACGACAGCUCUAAGUCGUACAGUGUGUGGAUGAGAUGGGGCAGAGUGGGAAAAGUGGGUCAAAACAGUCUGACAGGUUGUGGGGCAGACCUGCUGAAAGCCAAAGACAUCUUCAAGAAAAAGUUUUUAGACAAGACCAAGAAUGAGUGGGAAGACCGAGCGAGUUUUGAGAAAGUAGCUGGAAAAUAUGACAUGGUGUUCAUGGACUACAGCACGAAUGAAAAGGCAAGUAACAAGACAAGUAAACAACAACUUACGGCUCUCUGCGAUAUCAUCUAUCAUUGUGAACAUAGAUAUAUUUCACUGUUCCAGGAGGAAAACCUGACCACAGUGGAUGCUGCACCUAAAAAGAGGAUCUCCAAGCUGGAUGUGAAGGUCCAGUCUCUUCUGGAGCUAAUCUGUGACCUCAAAGCCAUGGAGGAGUGUGUGCUGGAGAUGAAGUUUGACACCCGGAAAGCUCCUCUCGGCAAGCUGACCUCAGAGCAGAUCCGUGCAGGCUACACCGCACUGAAGAAAAUCGAGGACUGUUUGAAGAAGAAGGGUAGUAAUCGUGAUCUGCUGGAAGCAUGCAACCAGUUCUACACACGCAUCCCUCAUGACUUUGGGUUGAAAACUCCUCCAAUCAUUCGUACAGAAGAUGAGCUAAAGGAAAAAAUUGCGCUGUUGGAGGCUCUGAGUGACAUUCAGAUUGCAGUGAAAAUGGUUCAGUCCAGUGAAAACAAUGACGAACAUCCUCUGGACCGACAGUACAGCUCCCUCAAGUGCCAGCUGCAGCCUCUAGACUCCAGCAGCAAUGAGUACACGGUGAUAGAAAAGUAUCUACAGUCCACUCACGCCCCCACCCAUCGUGACUACACCAUGACUGUCCUUGACAUGUUCUCAGUGGACAGAGACGGGGAGAGUAACAACUUCCUCUCAAACAUACACAACAGGACUCUGUUGUGGCACGGUUCCCGCCUUUCUAACUGGGUCGGCAUCCUCAGUCAGGGGCUCCGAGUGGCCCCACCCGAAGCUCCCAUCACUGGUUACAUGUUUGGAAAAGGUAUCUACUUUGCUGACAUGUCGUCUAAGAGUGCCAACUACUGCUUUGCUAAUCAGAACAACCAUGUGGGACUGCUGUUACUAUGUGAGGUUGCUCUGGGAGACAGUAACGAGCUGCUGGAUGCAGACUACGAGGCCAACAAUCUGCCGACUGGAAAACACAGCACCAAGGGCCUGGGACAGACUGGACCUGACCCCAAAAACUCAGUCAAUCUGGAUGGUGUGACCGUGCCGAUGGGGCCAGGGGUGAAGACGGGGGUGGAUAGAAACAACUGUUACUCCCUCUUGUACAACGAGUUCAUUGUUUACAACCCUGCACAGGUCCGCAUGAGGUACCUGCUGCGGAUCAAGUUCAACUACUCUUCACUGUGGUAAGGCAGUGCAAAACAAUAUGGAUGUGAGAAAUCUGGAGAUUUCAGGCAAUUUGCUUGCCUCAAAGAAUGAUAUAUCACAGAGUCAUUCCUUAUGUACAGUCUGAUUGUGGUUCUUGGGGAUAGGAUGUAAACCUGAACACCCUGCUGUUACUGGGUGGAUAACAGACUUGUUUACUGUCUUAUUGAUGUAGAGCUGUAGAAUUAGUCAACUGGCAACUAUUUUAAUGAUAAUUUAAUAGUUUUAGUCUUUCUAUGCCAAGCGUUAUUGCUGCUUUCCCUUGUCAUAUCUGAUAUCUUUGGGUUUACAAACAAAUUAAUUCAAAAAACAAUUGGCAGAUUAAUUAGUUGCAUUCCUGCAGUAAUGUCUGGUGUUGUGGUACUUGAGAUCAGUCCUGGUCUAAAGACCACUUUUUUAGUUAUCGGUCUCAUCUCGGACUCAAACACAUUUUUACUCAAUCUUCACCUGGUCACAGACAAAGAGUAUUCUGGAUUUUAUUACUAAACCAGUCAUGACCACAACUGCAGGGAUAUUACCAAACUGCCUGUGCAAAGAAAAGGAACGUUGAUUAAAGACGCUUAAGUUGAUAUCAUUUCCUUAGUGUUUGUUUGUAUUUGUUUGCUCAUAGAAAACAAAGGAAAAUUCCCACACAUAUAAUACAUCUUUGUGAUGCUGUUUGAUUAUUUGUUAAGACAUUUCUCAUGGGACACUUACACAUGCACACAUAAACUAUAUGACAGUUAAAUAGGUAAAUGAAGAGGAAUCUUUCCUCAUUUGCAUGUUGAACAGUAAGGGAGUAAGGGACUCUGGUUUGGUCUUGGUCAUGACUUGGUCUCGGUUAAGGUGGUUUUGACUUCAACACUGGUGAUGUCCACACUGGGGGUUGACACAUCAGAAGGUUUUAUACAGCUCACUCAAUAUGUAAAUGGUUAAGUGAAUUGAAUUCAAGAAAAACAUCAACAAAAUUACUCUUUUCUACGAUGGGUUGUCUCUUGUAAUACGACACUGACUGCAUCUUUGUUUUUGUUUUUUUGAGUCAGAAAAUGAUGUUGGACGCUGUCAAAUAAUUUCUGAAUAUUGCUUGUUUAGUAAACAAGUGAACUUUGGUGAGGGUAAAAGAUGCAUUUGUGUGAUAUGAAAAACAUGCUCAACAUCUUGCACUACUUUUUGUCCAUAUUGCUUUAAAUCCCAUACGUCCUUAUAUCAGUGUAAGCUGUAUUGUAUAGACUUUUGGUCUCUGAUGUGGUGCUGUAUGAAACAUAAAUGGCCUUAUGGAUCUAUUAGAUUAUCAGCAUCUGAAUUUAGUGACAAAACAUGAUUUGGAAGUUCUGUAAACAGGUUUGAUGUGCGCAUUUAUACUGCUUUUUUGUGUUAUUAAUGUAGAAAAGCAAAAAUUGUAUGCUUUCAUUUGUUUUUGGAUAAUUGUCGGGUCAAACGUUUGUAUGGGUUAACAUGCACUGUAAAACAACAAAUACAAUACAACAUUUUUUUAUAUAAAUGUUUGUUUAUGUAAAACUGAGAAAAAGUUUUUUUCUGUAAAAACUGAUAAUCAUUCGCUCAUUGUCACUUAAAACAGGAGUUACAGCAUAUACAUUAAACACUAAUAAUAAAGGACAUUUUCAUGGUGGGUACA